AACUUUUGUGGAUGAGCAAAAAGUGCCCCGCCAUUCCUUGCUGUUGGAUCCCCCGCUGAACCUCCACGUCGGGCAAAGCCUCAUCAGCCAUUAAUCAACCUCACUCCAAAGGCCUUCGCAACGAAUCUAAAGGGCCUCUCUCUUACACCGUUAAUUGCACUUGUCGGUAACAAACCAGGGUCGCCAAGUCGCCCUCGUCAUCAGCAGCCAUGGAUAUCACCAAAUUCGUCGUCCAAGGCCGCGACCAGGCUCUCCUCUACGGCGAUUACUCGACUUAUCACAAGAGCUUGUCCAAGAAGCUGCUAAGCUGCCGCAAGAAGCUCAACAUUGCGACUAAGAAUCGCGGAAAGUUUCACGACCAUGACAAGGUCACCGCAGAAAAGAUCGCAGAGAACCAUGAAUAUGUCCAUCUACUUCUUCUUACAAGCGAGCGAGCGUGGGCUCAGACCAUGAGCAUGAAGUCCGGUCAUACGAGCGAUACCAAGGGAAUCACGGGCCGAACUCGAUCGCAUAUUGCCUCCCGUCUCACCAAGGCCACCCGUGCUGCCGACGAGCUUGUCGAAGCCCUCUCUCAGACCGACGUAUCCGGCGCUUCCCAAACCGAUCUCCUCGAGGCAACCGCAUACGCUUCUCUUAUCCGUGGUACCGCUGCAUUCGAAAAGCAGAGCUGGGAACCGAGUUUGCGCAACUAUGCCACGGCACGUGUCAUCUACAGUGCGCUUGCAACUGGAACCAAUGGCGAUUUAUACAAGGACUUGCUCGCCGAAACCAUCGAUCCGUCUAUCCGAUACGCCGCCUACCAACUUCAGACACCUCGAACUGUCCCGAUUCCCAUCAUUGCUCGAAAGGCGUUCCCUCAAUCUGACUCGAACCUCGUCAAGCAGAUCAACGAUAUCGACCCCACUAUUCUCAAAUCAGACGAAGCAAAGGCCAAGGAUGGAAUCGCCAGUGCUGAAGGCGCACCUAAGACCCUGACUUGGAGGUCUCGGGAGGUCAACAUCGAAGAUGCGCAAAUUGCAAUGGCGUGGGGUGCCGUACUCGCUGCGAAGGAUCGAUUGGCAAAGGAUCUUGCUGAACCCAAGGGACGAGGACCUUAUGAACUUGCUGGCGCUUAUGACGAAAUUCUCAUGCUCAGCCAGGAUGCUGUUGAUGCCACCAAGCAGGCAAUUGAUGAGAUGAGGGCCGAGGGUGUUGAACAAGGCGAUGCCAGGAUGCAGAGUCUGCAAAUCACUCGUACCGCCGUCAACUUCGAAACCAUCAGCUGGAGAAUUGGUCGCAGCAGGGUUUUGACAGGAGAACACGACGGUGCCCCUGAGGAGUACAAUGUGUUGAGGAAACGAAAGGGCAAGCCAGCCCCAGAAGCAGUCAAGCCUGUAAAGGAGAUUCCUACGGGCAAGAAGCUGGCUAAGCUGAAGGAGAAGGUUGCUCUGUAUGACGGUAUUCUGCAGAACAUCGAGUCGAUCACAGAACUUCCUGGUGUGGCUAACGAUCAGGGGUUGGCUGAACAAAUUGCCGCCUACGUGAAGUACUUCGAAGCUCUCAAGGCUCUGGCAAUCGCUCGUUCACAUGCCAUCUCCAGCAACCUGGCUGCUGCUCUAGCUCUCAUCAACCACGCAGACGGUCUUGUCGAGGAGUCUCAGUCAAGCAUCUCAUCUUCUGAUGGAUCAUCAAACCGCACUCCCCUCAAUCUGACCGUGUCCGCCGAAGAUGCCGAGUAUCUCCAAACUCUUCUCAACGGCGAGCUUCAACGUCACCGAGCUAUUGUUCACGCCGACGCCCUCCGCAAGAACCACGAGCUGAGGGCCUCAGAUGCCGUGAAGCAGCCUCUUAUCGGAAGUCUGCAUCAGUACCCCGUUGGUGGCGUUAAUCUGUCGCACGUCGUCGAAUUCCCCCCUAAGCUUGCCACCAUCCCCGUGAAGCCUAUCUUCCUUGACGUGGCAUGGAACUACAUCGAUUAUCCCAACAAGGUGCCUAAGCAGCAACAGCAACAACAAGCAGCAGCAGCAGCGCCUUCUCAGGCGGAUACCCCUGAGAGGACAGAAUCACCAGCUCCAGCGAAGAGAGGAUGGUUCGGUUUCGGAAGAUCAUAGUCAAAUAUAUUCUGCAAAGCGAUUUAUUGAGGUCGCGUCGAUUCCUUAGCACGUUUUCCAGAUGUCUUAUCCACUUUUAUUAAUGGCCGAAUUCGUUGUG